GCCGGGCUCGGCCGCCGAGCCGGGAAGGUGACCCUGCAGCCGGCUGCGCGCCCCCGCUUAGCCAACAUGCCGGCGCUGCAGAGACCGGCCGCUGUUGUGACGCUGGUGAGCGGAGCCUGCGCUAAGGCGGCGGGCUGCUGGGUGAGGAGUUCUUCGGGCACCUCUUCGUCCCCUUCCCAGCCAGCAAUUGCAGCCAAACACCCGUAUCAAGUGGAUUUGAAGGCAGGAAAGCGUUAUGCGUGGUGUGCCUGUGGCCACAGCAAGAAACAGCCUUUCUGUGACGGAUCCCAUAAAACAGCAACCCCAGAUCUCUCCCCCCUGAGGUUCCAGCUGGAGGAGGCCAAGAGCGCCUGGCUGUGUGGGUGCAAACACACCAAAUCCCCUCCUUACUGCGACGGCACCCACAAGGAGGAGUUCAUUCAGAAAGCAGAGCUCCCUGGACAGCCUUGAUGGGGGGCUUCCUCUCCUGACACAAGCGGGGAGCCCUGGCAGCCUGUUUUGAGGGGCAGGGGGGCUGCAGGAAUGGGAAGAUAUUCAGGCUUUCUGUGUUCUCUGGUGCAUUGGAUCAAGUUGUCCAAACAGCUCCAGAUUCCGUUCUUAUUUCCCUGCAAAUGAAGUUCUGUACAGUCCAGGCCAGUCAAACACACAGACACUGAGCUAGUGGCUUCAUCCAGCUGCCAGGAA